AUGACCCGCUACUUCCUGGCCCGCAUCACCUCCUCGAAAAAUUGGUCAAGCCGCCGAGCGGGGUUAAAGAAGAAGCUCGGAGGCGUUGAAUGGGCGGAGUACCUCAUGUUGUUGAUCUUGCUGCUUUGCCUCGCCGCCGUGGCUGUUGAAGCUCAAGGAGAUGAUGAUAUAUGCGCUAUCUGUACCCGGUCAGGGAGCGAAUGCAUCGAGCCGGAUGCAGUUCUCGAGAUCGCUUACACAAUUUUAUCCUACGGAUACGUC